UGAAGCCAAAUCAUUUCUAGAGGAUUCUUGGAACAGUGUGAAGUUUGAAGCCUUUUGACAAAGGUGUCAAUGUUGAACCCCUGAGGAAGUGCAAGAAUUAUUCAUAGAUUUCCAAAAUAGACAUGAGUGGCUUCACCAUAUCUGGGUUGUUGCAGAAUAAACAUCAAACAUAUUCUUCAAAGGAUCUGGCUGCCACCGACGAACGUGUGAGCGAAAGUGAUGAGAACGUGAAAAGAGGUAACUGGUCCUCGAAGACUGACUACUUGCUCUCAGUGAUCGGCUGUGCCGUGGGUCUGGGCAAUGUCUGGAGAUUCCCUUACCUGGCUUACAGAAAUGGAGGAGGUGCAUUCCUUAUUCCCUACACACUCAUGCUGGCACUUGUCGGGAUGCCAAUGUUUUUCUUGGAAUCUUCCUUUGGACAGUUUGCCAGCCUUGGGCCUGUUGCCAUCUGGAAAGCUGUGCCCAUGUUACAAGGUGUGGGGAUUGCAAUGGUCCUUGUGGCCACGAUUGGUGACAUUUCUUACUGCUGCAUCAUUGGCUACAGUCUGUACUACCUGUUUGCCUCCUUCCAAUCACCCCUACCAUGGACAGACUGCUUCAGUUGGUGGGGAGCAGAUGAAACAUGCAGCAGGACUCCUAAAGGUCCAGUCUGCAAUCUCACUCUGGACGACGGAUAUUUUGAAAUCGUUAAUACAACAUGGCUGCAGGCGAACAAUGAAACUUGUCCAAAUGGAUCUGCAAUCUCCGUUCCUCACCACGGUCCGAGUGAGCAAUACUGGGAUAAAGUGGUUUUACACCGUACAAGUUCAAUGGAUGAGACUGGAGAGAUAGUCUGGUAUUUAGCUCUCUGUCUGCUUCUGGCCUGGCUGAUAGUUGGGGCAGCAUUAUCAAAAGGAAUCAAAUCUUCAGGAAAG